AUGGCUUCUAUGGUCGCUCCUCAGAUGGCCUUCCGUGCCUUUCGUACUGUUCCCCGAGCAGUCCCUUGGGCAAAGCUCUCAGCCCAGCUCCCCCGAUCUCAGCCGGCUUUCCGCCGCUUCUUUGCAACCCGGGCUCAAGAACAGCCGCGUCUGCGCCUUGGAUCAACCGCCCCCAACUUCAAGGCUCUGACCACCAAGGGUGAAAUCGAUUUCCAUGAGUUCAUUGGCGAUAGCUGGACUAUCCUCUUCUCCCACCCUGCCGACUUCACGCCCGUCUGUACCACCGAGCUAGGUGCAUUUGCUAAGUUGAAGAAUGAAUUCGAGAAGCGCGGUGUGAAGAUGAUUGGACUGAGUGCCAACGACAUUGGUUCUCACGGCGAGUGGAUCAAGGACAUCAACGAAGUCGCCUCGACCGAUGUGCAAUUCCCCAUCAUUGCCGACGCAGACCGAAAAGUCGCUUUCCUUUAUGACAUGAUCGACCAGCAGGACCUGGAUAACAUUGACAAGAAGGGUAUCGCAUUCACCAUCCGCUCUGUCUUCAUUAUCGACCCUAGCAAGAAGAUUCGCCUGACUAUGAUGUACCCCGCUUCGACUGGUCGCAACUCUGCGGAAGUACUUCGUGUGAUUGAUUCACUCCAGACUGGUGAUAAGAAGGGCAUCACUACUCCAAUUGACUGGCAAGUUGGUGACGAUGUGAUCGUUCCUCCUUCUGUGACCACCCCUGAUGCGAAGAAGAAAUUCGGGGAGGUUCGGGAGGUUAAGCCUUACCUGCGCUAUACCAAGAUCUAG